AGCUUCCUCUUUUGGGCAGGUCUCUGACCCAAACUGGGUGGAAGGCAGCUUCACUUUACAAGGAAUCUUGCCCAGGAAUCUCCGCCCAGCGCUGACUUGCACGUUACUCCCACCACCACCACCACCACAAAAGUGUUUCGGCAAACUCUCUUAGCACAGACUGGGUCAUGGCAGCGAUCGUGGGGGGCAGUCGCCUGCUGCGGAUUCCCUUCAGACGCUGCCCACUACCCUCUGCAUGUGUCAACGAGAGGAGUGCAGUCAGGGCGAGGGGGUGUGCCCGGGGCUUGGACCCGAACAAGAUCCGAACGUUUCACGCGACUUCUCCAGCCCCUAACAUCUGCUCAUUCCUGCCAGAAUCCAGCUCCUUCCCUGGUGUAAAAUCUUACGCCGAUCUGUUGGACUUCGCCAUUAAAGAUCCCGAAACUUUCUGGGGAACCCUGGCCGAGAAGAGACUCUUGUGGAACCGGCUCUUUCAGCGGGUUCACGAUUGUGACUUCAGUAAAGGUUCUGUCGCCUGGUUCCUGGGAGGACAACUCAACGUGUCAGUGAAUUGCUUAGAUCGUCAUGUCAACCAGUACCCUGACCGAGUGGCUUUGAUCUGGGAGAGGGAUGAACCAGGCACCGAAAUAAGGGUUACAUACAGGGAACUUUUGGAGACCACAUGUCGACUGGCCAACACUUUGAAGCGUCAUGGGGUGAAGAAAGGGGACAGAGUUGCUAUCUAUCUCCCAGUGUCUCCCAUAGGUGUAGCUGCAAUGUUGGCUUGUGCUAGGAUUGGUGCCGUGCACACAGUGGUGUUUGCAGGUUUCAGCAGCCGUGCGCUGAGUGAAAGGAUCUCUGAUGCCCAAUGCAAGGCUGUUAUCACCUGCAAUCAAGGAGUACGUGGUGGUCGUGUUAUUGAGCUAAAGAAGGUGGUGGAUGAGGCUGUAAAGUCAUGUCCCACAGUAAAAUGCAUCUUUGUGGCACAGAGAACAGACAGCAAGGUUCCAAUGAGCAAUAUCGACAUACUGCUCGAAGAAGAGAUGGAGAAGGAAGAGCCAGUAUGUGAACCUGAGUCCAUGGACAGUGAGGACAUUCUCUUCUUGCUGUAUACUUCUGGAAGCACAGGAAAACCCAAGGGUCUGGUCCAUACACAAGCUGGUUAUCUGCUAUAUACAUCUAUUACCCACAAGUAUGUCUUUGAUUAUCAAGAGGGUGAUAUUUUUGGCUGUAUGGCAGAUAUUGGCUGGAUUACGGGGCACAGUUAUGUGGUCUAUGGCCCACUUUGCAAUGGAGGCACUACUGUGCUAUUUGAGAGCACUCCUGUCUAUCCGAAUCCAGGUAGAUACUGGGAAACUGUGCAGCGGUUACAAAUCAAUCAGUUUUAUGGGGCUCCAACAGCCAUUCGUCUGCUACUGAAAUACGGAGACAGCUGGGUGUCCAAGUAUGAUCGAUCAUCGUUGAAAACACUAGGCACAGUAGGGGAACCUAUUAACCACGAGGCCUGGGAGUGGUUCUGGAACGUUGUGGGAGAUGGUAGAUGUACGCUUGUGGAUACCUGGUGGCAGACAGAAACAGGCGGUGUAUGCAUCUCUCCACGGCCUUCAGAGGAAGGAGCAAAGAUUUUGCCUUCUAUGGCUAUGAGACCAUUCUUUGGGAUACAGCUUGCUAUAAUGGAUGAGAAAGGUAAUCGGAUGGAGGGAAAUGAUGUUACAGGUGCUCUCUGCAUUACAAAGCCUUGGCCAGGCAUUGCCAGAAGUAUCUAUGGUGAUCAUCCCAGAUUCCUGAAUUCAUAUUUCAAAAAAUAUCCAGGAUAUUAUUUAACUGGUGAUGGUGCACACAGGUCAGAGGAAGGCUAUUACAAGAUUACUGGCCGCAUGGAUGACAUAAUUAACAUCAGUGGCCACAGGUUGGGUACAGCUGAAAUAGAGGAUGCUCUGGCUGAACACCCUGAUGUGCCAGAGACGGCAGUGAUUGGCUAUCCUCACGACAUGAAAGGGGAAGCUGCAUUCGCCUUUGUUGUUUUGAAAGAUACCUGCUCCAUUUCUGAACUGAUUAUUAAAGAUCUGAAAACAAAUGUUGCAUCUAAGAUAGCUAAAUAUGCUAUUCCUGAUCACAUCCUGGUUGUGAAGCGACUUCCCAAAACCCGCUCUGGGAAAAUCAUGAGGCGGGUGUUGAAGAAAAUAGCCAUGGAUGAUACUUCUAAUCUGGGAGACCUGAGUACACUAGACGACCCUCAAAUCAUCUCCGAGAUCAUUGCAGCCUACAAGAUGUAUAAAAACGAUCACAUGACCAGAAAAUAAACAAUCAGGACUCCUUAAAUCAUAAAUCAUCCCACAAUUUUGACACCCGUAAUACCAACUGGUUGUAUACUGUUCAGGGUUAUGAAUUCUAUGUUGCACUUAAAAAAUUAACAAUGAUGACUUUAAUUAACAGUGUUUCUGAAUUGCUCCUAAAUGUGGAAGUGACUCCUUCUCAUCCCUAAUUUCCCGCUUGACCCUUCUGGAGAAGAUUGUAAUUACAUUGGUACAAGUGCCUGUACUGUCCCAGAUUUUGAUCGACCGUAUUCAGUCCGUUUAUACAAUUGAGUUAGCUGAUCUGCUAAGUCUAUUCCUUACUCUGAAAUGGCUGCCGUUCUCCCAUUUCUUGCUGCCUGGAUUGAACACCAGAACCACAGCACACUAGAAUGCAAUGCAGUAUAAAUAUACGUAUGUUCCAACCCAGUAAAACCAAGUGAUGAAAACAGCAAAAUAAAAGAAAGAACUGCAGAUGCUGGAAAUCUGAAACAAAAACAGAAAAUGCUGGCAAAACUCAGCAGGUCUGGUAGCAACUGUGUAUAGAAAGCAGAGUUAACAUUUUAGAUCCAAUGACCUUUCUUCAGAAAAGAACAUGUAACUGCAGUUUUUGAUGUGUAGAGAAAUGUGGAUGUGAUAACUAUAGAAGAUAAAUGUUUUUGAAAAGAGCCUAAA